UGAAAUACUCUAACGAAUGCAAAUCUCAGCAGAGAGGUAAAUAUUGACCGAAAAUACCAUCGACGCUUAUAUUAGACUUGUCCAGUUGGUCAACAUACUGGUGAGAGGAGCAGAGAACCAUGGAAGCCCCGGCAGGACUUCGACUAGCCCUAGUUUUCGCAGUUUUGGUCCACUUCUCUCUCCUCCCCACAUCGUACUCUCUCUCCUCACAGGACCUCCAGAUCGUCAGCGCCGAACGCAGAAUUGACUUGACAUCGCAUAUCACGAGGGUUUAUUUGACUUUGAAGGUUGAAAAUACUGGGACCUCUCCGCCGGCUUCAGAAAUCCUUCUUGCUUUCCCACCUACCGAAGUUGAUCACAUUGCACUGCUCAAAGCAGCUGUUACAGUUGGAAAGAAGAAGAAGAAAUCUUAUUUGCCUCUUGAUGUGAAGCCAUCUGAAGGGCCCAAGGCGCCAAAUGAAACUAAAUUCUUCACUGUUUUGUUGCUAAAUCCGUUAAGUGUGGGAGAGUCUUUAACACUUGAAGUGCUUUAUGUAUUGACACACUCUCUUGAACCUUUCCCAUUGGAGAUUAGCCAGUCAGAGCCUCAACUUGUCUAUUACCAUGAUAGUGCGAUACUAUUGUCACCAUACCAUAUUAAACAACAAAUAACUGUUAUAAAGACACCAAGUACCAAGGUGGAAUCAUUCUCGAGAGUGGAACCCACUGACCAUGCUGGUACAGAACUAAAAUAUGGUCCCUAUGAAGACCGCUCUCCAUAUUCCUUUUCUCCCAUAAUCAUUCAUUUUGAGAAUAACAACCCAUUCGCUGUUGUUGAGGAGCUUGUGCGUGAGGUGGAAAUAUCUCAUUGGGGAAGCCUUCAGAUCACAGAGCAUUACAAACUGGUCCAUGCUGGGGCUCAACACAAAGGUGUCUUUUCAAGGGUUGAUUAUCAAUCUAGGCCGUCUUUGAGUGGGGUGUCUUCUUUCAAGCAUCUGAUUGCAAGAUUACCCCCUAGAGUUCACUCUGUAUACUACCGAGAUGAAAUAGGGAAUAUCUCAUCAUCACAUUUGCGUAAAGAUUCUAGGAAGUCAGAAUUGGAAAUAGAGCCGAGAUAUCCUUUAUUUGGGGGCUGGAAGGCCACUUUUGUCAUUGGCUACGAGCUGCCAUUGCAAGACUUCCUUUUUGAGUCAUCUGAUGGCAGGCGUUACCUAAACUUCACCUUUGGAUGUCCUCUUGCAGAGACAGUUGUGAACAAAUUGACCAUCAAAGUGGUGUUGCCGGAGGGAUCAAAAAACCCUUUUGCCAUAGUUCCUUUUCCAGUGGAACAAAGCUUGGAGACUAGCUACUCAUACCUUGAUGUCGUUGGAAGGACUGUUGUAGUUUUGGAGAAGAAGAAUGUAGUUCCUGAGCACAACUCUCCUUUCCAGGUCUACUACAACUUCAACCCAAUAUUCAUGCUCGUGGAGCCGUUGAUGUUGGCUUCUGUUUUUUUCUUCCUUUUUGUGGCUUGUGUAGCUUACCUGCACAUCGAUCUUUCCAUUCGGAAGUGAAAAAAGUAGGGAUUCUCAAAGCUUUAUUGUUGAGUCCUUCCACUUGGAUUAUGACUGGCUGGCGGCUGGAGUACUUCAAAAGUCAAACAUGAUAACAAAUUUUGUGGUACAUUUAGAAGUUAUGAAAAUUUUCCAAUCAUAUAUCGGUUUGAGCUGGCAAAAUGAUGGUUGUACAUUUUGCUCUUUUAUUGAGAUUAAAGUAGGCCCCCGCAAUCAAGGGAAGCAUUAGAUUGUUGCCUUAUUUAGACAAGUAUAGAGGACUCAGAUAUUUUGGAGAUGUUGUUUUAUUGCUCUUUUUUUACCAUUCCAUCCAAAUCUAUAAUGCUGUUUCUCUGCUUUACGCAGUAUAUAUGUAUGCUUGUUUUAGGGUAGAAAAUAUGAUGGAUUUAUGUAAUGUUAUAUAUACUAUUGUGGUAAUUAUCGUAUAGUUUGUUUCGCUAA